AUGGCAACACCCAGUGACACAUUUAAAAGUAGUCUAUUUGGUCAACUUAAAUCAUAUAGCAAUGCUUUUCACGAUGCUUUCGAACAUCGUAUCGCACGUCCGUUACUUGCUUUUAAACGUGAUUUAAGUCGCCCAACAUCUGAAACUCGUGUUUUAGCUGAUCAAAACCCCAGAUCUUCAUCAUAUCGUAUACGUCAAGAAUCUUCAGCAUCAUCAUCACCACUUGAAAUAAUCGAUAUUGAUGCAAGUAAUUCAUUUAAAACUAUAUUCGAGAGAGUAAGAAAUUCAUUAUCGCCAUCAACAAAACGACGAACAUCUGAAAAUCCAAAUAAUGAUGAAACGAAAAAUUCAUCAAAAGAAAAUUUUAAUUCAUCGUCAAAUGGUUCAACAAAUAAAAAAUCAAUAAAAAAUCAUUUACAUCAGAAAAGUGUUUCAUUUGCUGAAGCAGCUUAUACGGACGAUGAUAGUGACAGUUAUCAUCAAUAUUCAGUUGAUGAUCGAAACGAAAUUAUUUGUAAUGCUCACACGCUUGCUGAUCAAAUCUUAAGCGAAAGUAUCGAUGUCACAGCAUCAAAAUCACUACUUGCAAAUAACAUAUCCAACACAAAUGAUGAUAAUUUCGAAGAAGAAUUUCGUCGAACAAUAAAACCACUAUGUUUUUCAGCCAAUCAUAUGGAAGAUAUAGUGUAUCAAGAUUUAUCAGCUGAAAUUGUUUCUUAUGUAUUAAAACAUGCUUUACGAACAUUAAAAAAAGAACAAAAUGGAUUAUCAAUAGCAACAGAAAUGGAAUCCAUUGCUAAUCAGAAUGAACACGAUGAAGAAUUUAUUGAUUUAAAAUAG